CGUUCCGCGGGCCGGGCCGCUUCCUGCGUCUCUCGGGCAAUUCAAACGGUCCCCGGGCUCGCCUCGCCCGUUCUUGGCCCCCCAUUUCCCACAGCGGGACUCCUCCGAGAAAGGGGGACGGGGAGCGGCCUGGCCUGGCCUGGAGGUCUCCCGCUUCUCUUUCUGGCUCGUGUGUGCGUGCAGGCUUGCGGGCGACACAGAACUCUUCGGCAGCCUCCCCGAAAGAAGCGAGGCCGUAGCUCGGGGGAGGGGCAGAGGGGGAGGGUGUCCCCAGACACAUUGCCUUUCCAGGAGCAUCAUCAUCACUUAUCAUCAUCAACAGCAGGGAUGCCUGCUGAGAGUGAGGUCUGGGAGCGCAGCUGCUGCCAGACAGCACUGGGCUAUGUGGACGCCAGACCCCACUAGGGAGGAACUGCUUUGGCGAAGAGGACUCCGAGCUGAUCCACGCAAGUGCAACGUGCAUCGUCUAAAACAAUGCAAGUGUGAGAUCUGCAGCCCGGGUUCUGUGGAAUGGUUAACCUGAGGCCGUCUUCCCCCUGAGCCAAUCAUCGGAGCCGGCCCAGCGGAGCCGCGGAGAGACUAAAGUGCCCGGACACACCUGGCCGCAGCCUCUUCUGGCGAAGCCGCCUUUCCUGGCAACAGCAGCACCACCGCCGGCGGCAGCAGCAGCAGCAGCAACAGGGACUCCUGACUCUGCCCAGAGAGCCCACCUGGCAGGAUUCCAGCCCGUCCCCCAUCAUGGUCUUCUUGGCUUGGGCCCCCUUCGCUCUGAUGGUCUGCCUGGCAGGGACCCCGGCCGUGCGAGGCCACAGCGCCGGCGAGCGGAGCCCGGAGGAGGCGGCAGCAGUGGCGGAGAUGGGAGCCCUCCUGUCGUCGACCCAAGCAGGCGCUCUGUCCUGGGGCUCCGUGGAGGCCCUGUUAAAUAUUGCGACGGCUCGUGUGCAGUGCCCGACAGUGCCGUGUGAAAAGUGCGUCAGUGUGGCCAACAUCUUUGCCCUGGUAGGGAAGAAGACGCCGAGCGGCGCCGACCUCACCUCCUCGGAGCUGGUGGGGUUCUCGGCUGGCCUGCUCUUCUACCUCACCGACCCCGCCGGGGCUUGCCAGGCGGCCACGGCUGGCCUCUGGGUGGACAAAGCCCGGGCUUUUCAGACCAGAUUCUCGACGGGAAACCCAGCAUCAGGACCCACCAAGGAGAAGGUGGCGGAGCUGCUCGGGGCCGUCCAGCAGAACGCCAAGGAGAGCGAAAAAGAAGCGGAGCCCUGCGCAGGAGUGGCCCAGAUCCUUGAGAAGAGCAAGGCGGUUUCCAGCCCAGUAGCCUCGGACCCGGCUGGGCAGAUCCUGGCCGCUGUUGCCCACCAUGUGCUAAAAGGGGGUUGUGUCCGUGCUUUGCCCCCCGUGGACUAUUUUGUGGAGUAUGUGUUCCACCGCUACGGCAACGAGACCAAGAACCUCACCGUUGCGGCCUUGACCAAGCUCAUGGAGCAGCUGAAGAUAGGCCCCAAGGAAGAACACCACGACCACGCGCAUGACGACCACGUGCAUGAUGAUCACGCGCAUGACGACCACUCGCAUGAUGACCACUCACAUGAUGGCCAUUCACAUGGUCGCCCCGUGCAUGGUCAUGCACAUGUAGUCCCUGCGCACAACAAUUCGGACGGCCACCCGAGGGGCAACGUAACUGAGCCUUCCCUACUUCAUGACGAUCACCACCAUGAGGAGGAAAUUGAGCACCACCAUGAAGGCACAAUGGAAAGAAUUCUGGCUCGGAAAAGACGAAGCAUCACAGAUGCGGACCACCAUGGAGUCUGGGACACGGUUUGUCUUAGCUCAGAUGAUGUCUUUGAGGUUUACGGCCUUGACACUGGGGUAGGGAUCUCCCCUCCGGACUUCACGCGCUUGAGCCCAGCUCUGAUCCAGCAACAGCUCAGCCAGGCCUGCUCGGUCUCCCGCAGCUCCCAUGUCGACGGGCGGCUCACCACCGCCGAGAAGUUCAUCUACGGCUCGUUGGCCACCCUGGUGGUCUGCCUGUGCUCGCUUUUCGGCAUCGUCCUCCUGCUCUGCACGGCCUGCAUCACCGCCUACCAGUACGUGAUCCAGCUCUUUGUCAGCCUGGCGGUGGGAUCGCUCACUGGCGAUGCCAUGCUGCACCUCAUCCCUACGUUCCUGGGCCUGCAUUCCCACUCGCACGACGCGGGGCACGGCCACGAGCACCCCGAGGCCGAUGACCCCACCGUGGUGUGGAAGCUGCUGGCCGUGCUGGCCGGCCUCUACUUCUUCUUCCUCAUCGAGAAGUUAUUCAUCCUGCUGGGCCACUGGGACUGUGAGGUGGCCUCUGCCCCCAGCAAAGACCAUCAGUGUGAGCACGCCCUGGCCCUGCAGGUCUACCAGGAGGAGAUGAAGAGGAGGAAGGAGGAGAAAGGAGCUUCCAAUACGGACCUGAUUUCUGGAGAGGAAGCCAACGUGAGCCAGCUGAGGAAGAAGGAGCGCAGUCGAGAGCUCCGGAUGCUGCCCUACAUGAUCACCAUCGGAGACGCCAUCCACAACUUUGCCGACGGACUGGCCAUGGGGGCCGCCUUCUCCUCCUCCUGGAGGACGGGACUGGCCACCUCGCUGGCGGUCCUGUGCCAUGAGCUGCCCCAUGAGCUAGGAGAUUUUGCCGCGCUCCUGCAGGCCGGGCUGAGCGUCAAGUGGGCCUUGGUGCUGAAUUUUGGGAGCGCUCUGACAGCCUUCAUCGGCCUCUACAUCGCCCUCAGCGUGAGCACCGGUCCAGAGUUCGAGGCAUGGAUCUUCACCAUUGCCACCGGCCUCUUCCUCUACGACGCCCUCUGUGACAUGCUGCCGGCCUUGAUGAACGUGAAGGACAAGCGCCCCUGGCUGCUGUUUUGCCUGCAGAACAUCGGCCUCCUGGCCGGCUGGGCCAUCCUGCUGCUGCUCUCCCUCUUCGAGGACAACUUCACCAUUUGACACGUGCCACUCCCGGAGAGACCUUGACCAGCCCCAGGAGGCAGGGCCCGUGGAGAUCCAUGGUGCGGGCCUGGCCAGGUCUCGGCUGCGCUUCCUCGGUGACCGGAGAGAAGGGGGUGCAAGGAGGGACUGGGAAAGGGAGGUUCAGAGUCCCUGUGCCAGACCCAAAGACUGAGGUUCGGAGCGAAUUCAGGCGCGUGCAAGCCACAUGCACACACCUACAGAGCUUGCCCCUUGGGAACGGUCAUCCUUCCAUUUCCCCUCUUCGUCUAUUUAUUGUAUUUAUUAAGGUUGUACCUGCCCAUUUCCCCUCCAGGAACCCCAGGAAAUGGGGGUCUGUGCCCCGUGAGGCCCUUCGUAAACCCUGUGUCCUUAGAGGAAGUAGGGCAUACUUGUCCAGACUGGAAGAAUAAAAUAAUAAUAAUACCCACAGCUUAGUGAUGAUAUGCCAGUGGUUCAGGAAGAAUUUUGAUUCUGAAGGCUGCUGUUUCCCCUUUCCCAUGCUCAUUGUACUCAGUCCCUAUCACCACCACCCAGUUAAAAGAAUCUCAGGUAGCAGAGGUUCAGGGUGAGAAAGCCGCAGGCUAGUUGGCCCCCACGUCCACCCCCAGGAGAGGGGGUGCUGGGCCCAGGGGACCAAAGGCCUGAGUAUGUGCCAUUAGACCGCGCCCAAUGCCCAGUUUUAUACCACGUGGUUUCUGAGGAAAAGGGUGCGUCCUAUAAUUUUUUUGCAAACC